AACCAAGCCAGCCAUCAUCUCGGCCACGAAUUUGAUGGCAAUACCGCGAGUGAGCUUUUGCUAUGUUUCAUUGUAUUCCAUUUAGAAAACAUGGGUGAUCGUGGUUGGUGAAGCGAUAGUACUAUAUCAGGGUCUCUCCGCCAUCGCCAUCUGAAAAUGUUUAGCGCGCUAAAGAAGUGGGCGAAAGGGGGCAAUGAAGAUUCCAAACUCAACACUCCAUUGGGAGUGCGUGCGAUGGGCCAGGCGUUACAACGAAAGUUUGCCCGGGGCGUUCAGUAUAAUAGUAAGUUAUGUAGAUUAAAAAGUUAUGUAGAUUAAAAAGUCACUCACUUACCUCUUUUUGUGUAUUUUAUUGAUCGUUUAUUUGAUCUUUGGCCAGAUGGUGUCUGUAAUCUUGUUGACCUUUUUCUCGUCUGCCCCUAUUGUGUGAAAAUUUCUAAAUUUAGAACACAAAAAUCUUCUCUUACUAUAAUUAUUGCCACGAAAAUUUGAUUAUUUCCUAUUUCCUGUGGUAAUUCAUAGAUCUGAAAUUCAUUCAACUAACUGCUUAUACUGUAUAAUGUUAUUUUUGUAUCGCUGAUUUUGUUUCUGAUCUACCAUACUUUGCAACAGUUUCUGGAAAAAUCAUCACAUUAUUAUUAUCUUGUUUCAGACACUGAAUGUUGUGAUCUUUCUGAAUAGUUUUCGACAAUAUGAAUACCUUUCAGUUUCUCCUUAGUCUGUCACUUUUUGUUUAUUUGUCUCUACAGUUAUGAAAUUUAAUUUAAGAGCAGUAAAUAAAAGAAUAUUUAUUUCAUACAUACUGAACGAACGACUGUCAAAAUGUAUCGUUCAUCCAAUCAGAGAUACGAACGAUAGUGCUUCACAGUUCAGGGCAGCAAACGGCUUCCAAUCUUUGAAAUGUAUCGUUCAGUGUGAAAAAAUCAUAGUAUGUAUGAAAUUAAAAAACAUCAUACCAUGGAAAGUACUUGAAUGAUUUUUAAUCACUGGUUGCAAUGCAUAAAAAAACUCAUUUGUUUACUGUAUUCACUUGUUUGUUUUUUUAUAUAUAGCAACUUGUGAAUAAAAAUCAUUCAUGUGUUUUUCAGAUGGAAUAAUGUAUAUAUAUAGAUAUAUAUAAAUAUAUGUGACCCUCCAUGGGAAAAUGGACACUAACGCUUUUCCGUUAAACGGUCUCGAAAAACGGUUGUAAUCGGAUAGUAAACGGCUAACUCGAGUGUUUAAACGGAUGCCAUAACCACUUAAACGGAUGGCAAAAAAUUUAAACGGUUGACCAAAGUCCAAAAACGGAUAGCUUAGGCCUUCAAACGGUUGACCAAAAAUAAAAACGGAUAGCACGAAAUGUUAAACGGUUGACCAAAGUUCAAAAACGGAUGGCUCACACUGUUAAACGGUUGACCAAAAAUAAAAAUGGUCAGCCCGAAACGUUAAACAGUUGACCAAAGUCCAAAAACGGAUAGCUUAAACCGACAAACAAUGAGCUAAAAAUUAAUGUUUAACGGCUGUGGUUGAGCCGGCGAGAUCUUCUGCGGAAAAACUUUCAGAGUGACAGCGGAUAAUUAUCCUUUAAAGCGAAAAUAUUGAGCAUGAUAAUUUGAAAAGUAAUAACUAGCAUAUACUUGCGCAUUUUAUUUCUAGGUUAAUUACUGCCACUUUCGUGUGACAUUCAUGAAAUAAGUGCAAUUUACAGAGAAUAGUUUAUGAGAAACUCAUAAUCUUCUCCUUUGUUUAUUCUUAUUAUUAUUGAAAAUGAACUUCAUUUUUUCCUGUUCGGAAGUUUCGCAAAACAAAGUUGCAUAUGCAAUGCCGCCACCUUAUCUGAAGCCGAGACGUCUCAAGGUCAAAUAACGCAAUGAAGUUCCAUUGCAAAUAAAAGGUUGAAUCGGUGUCGUGCACCAAGCGGGGCCGUUAAAAUGAUUGUCAAUAAAACCAAGAAAGAUGAAUCAAGAUGAUAUAAACAGAAAGAGAGUAGCCGAUUUAGCAGUCCAUCGACUGGGGGUCUGCAAAAUAUACCAACCCAGAUAUUUCAACUUAACUUGUUUGUCAAAGGAUGCGACAGAAACUCGCUUACUAUGAUCACGCAAAAGAUAAAACCAAAAUAAGAUACGAUCUUUCUGUAUUUCAAGAACCGGCAAGUAUUGAGCGAACUUAAGAUUGAUACUUCGAACUGCCUAUAACAGAAUGAUAGGCAAACAGUCCGAAGCUUUCUGUGGAACUUUAAACGGAUAGCUUUUUUUUUUUUAAAACGGGUAAGCAAGCCGUUUAAAUGUUUUUGCUAGAGCGUUGAACUGAUGCAAAUUUUUUUAAAUGGAUGCAAAUUUUUUUAAACGGAUGAACAAACCGCUUAAAUGUUUUGGCAAAAGCGUUAAACGGAUGCAAAUUUUUUUCAACGGAUGAGCAAACCACUUAAACGUUUUAGCUAAAGCGUUAAACGGAUGCAAAUUUUUUUAAACGGAUAAGCAAACCGUUUAAACGCUUUCAUGAACCGUUUAAAUGGAUAUAAACAGUUAGUAAACGGUUUUGCAGCUUAAACGGAAAAGUGUUAGUGCCCGUUUUCCCGUGGAGGGUCGCAUAUAUACGACACAUUUUGCAAAUUUAUAUAAUGGAGUUUAUCAUCAUCAUUAUCAUUAUAUUAUUAACAUGAAAGAUUAUUGUAUUAUUGUUGUUAAAAUGGUCACCAGGAUCCAAUUUCAAAAUUAUUGAUGUUUAUAACUUUUAACACCCCAAAAUCAGUAGGCAUAUUUUCCAUACUGUUCUCUACACUUUUUCUAAGGUGCUAACAAAGAGAAUUUUUUAAACAAUCAAGAGCUUCUUCAGUCAGUAAUCAUUUCUGUUAUUCUUGUGGCCUCAUUGUUUGAUUCAGGGGGGAUAUUGUGAGGAGAAAUUAGAAACUAAUCACUCUCAGGGGUUAAAGGGUUAAAGUUUAUCCAUGCUCAGCUAUAAUAGGAACAAAACUUCUGAUUGAUGUUAGUAGUUAUUAUUUGUAUAUGUGGAAAAAAAAAAAAAGAAAAUCAAACUACAUGUGAAAUUGUCUUGAUUCUGAUUAAUUAUACCAUGCAAAGGAACACACUAAUACAAACUUUGUUUUUAAAAAAUUUAUUUCAGUAGUGACCUUCCCAAAUUUUUCUUUCUUUUUGUAGUGAAAAUAGUUAUAAAAGGAGACAGAAACACUGGAAAGUCCUGUUUGUUUCAAAGACUUCAAGGAAGACCAUUCAAUGAACAGUAUAUUCCAACAAAUGAAAUUCAGGUUUGUCUAGUGGUGCUUUUAAUUGGGUGUCGUAAUCCAAAAAUAAUGAUAAUAAUUAAAACACAAAAAAAACCAAUCAGAGUUAUGCAGGUGAUUAUGGCAUAAGGGGAACAUAACUUAGCUGCAAUAUGGUUUUGGUUCUUUAUCUGAUAGGCAGAGAUGAUGGUGUGAGCUUGCCAAACCAGUAUAGACAUUCCUCAAUUUACUUUUAUUCAGAAGCGUAGCACCCUGUACAAAUGCAAGGGAUAUUUGUUCUAUAACUGAGGACCUUGUGGAUAACUUGAUAAAAAAGUUGGCAUUAGACAUGUUUGAGUUCAAGUGUGAUAGUAAUAAAUCACAAUUGUUCAGCUAUUUGAUUUUUGAAGAUAUACAGAUUAAAUGAACAAUAUAUUUUAAUUUGUCUCAACCUGUAGGUUGCAAGCAUACACUGGAAUUACAGAAGUAAGUUGAACUAUUAAUAAAAAUACUUGUGGAGACUGUAUAUUGAAUUACCAGUGUUCUCCUCAUUCUUUUUAUUGACAAGGUCUUAAGUUACAUGUAUAAUCUUAGUUUCCUAAUCAAAAGCACUUUGAAUCUGCACACCAUUUCUUGUCAGAAACUUUCAUGUCUGUUUAACCCUUCAACUCCCAGAUCAAAUUUGUUAUUCUCUUUACUGUCAACCAUAAAAUUCUUAUAAUUUUAGUUGAGAGAAUUAAGUAUUGGAUCAAAUAAUUAUCCCCAAAUUGACCUUUUUCUUUAUUCUCAUCACUUAUCUUGUUAAUAUUGUGCUGAUGUUGUAAAGAGAAAUUCUGUCUUGGUCACUCAUGGGAGAUAAAGGGUUGAUAUAAAACUGACCACUAUACAAGUGUGCAUUAACUGAUAAGCUAUUUUUCAAAUUUCUCUAGCCACUGAUGAUGUUGUGAAGGUGGAAGUCUGGGAUGUUGUAGACAAAGGUAAGAACAACUUUGAUACUUUCAUUUCUGAGAUCCUGUUAACCCUUUACCUCCCAAGAUCUGAUUUUUUAUUCUCCCCUCUAGCUUUUAACACGUAUUAGAAACAUUGUGUUCUUACCAAAAACAAUAUGCACUAAAAACGUUUACCAGAUGAGGGUAAAUUUUACCCAAAUGAACCAAUCAGAGCGCUUUGUUUCCUUAGGUCUCCUGCUGGGUAAAGUUUACCUGACUGGAGUAAACUUUACCAUUAGCAAUUCGUAAAACAGAGCUCUUAUGUGGGCUGCAUCAUUGCAGAAUAAUUAUAAUCUGUAUAUAUCCUUGUUAAUUAGUUAUGAGAAUUUGGUGUAAGAUCAAGAUAACUUCUUCCUGAUAAGUUUGAAUAUUCUCAUUACCUGCUUGCUGGAUAAUGUAAGGAUAUUAGAGGGAGAAGUUACAUGUUGAUCACUUCUGGGAGUUAAAUGGUCAAUAAUUUCCCAUUGAUACUGACUACAUGAACAACACCUUUCCUUGUAAAUUAAUCAAGGCAGUACCAUUAAGCUGAUAAUCUGGUUGGUUGUCAUAACCUGUUUGCAUGACAACAUAGUGGAAUCACAGGGGGAACUUACAUGUUGAUCCCCUCUGAGAUUUAAGCAGUUUGGUAUCCCAACAGUUGUUAUGUUCUUUAUCAAUCAACCAAUGAUUCUAUGUGAGACCUAACAGAACCUAUACAAUCAACAAAUCAGUUAAAUUUUUUUAAUCAACCUAUUACCUCACUGAGAUGAUUGGUUGUUCAUCAGAAACAUAAUUGUUUAAAAUUAACAUAUAUCAGAAGAUUCACAUGCCCCCUUGUACAGCUGAAUGGAAGAAAGGUUACAUUGCAAGUGAUCAAUAGCUUUUGGUCAAUGUUUUUGACAUUUUACCUUUGCUUUGAUUUUGAAGGGAAGAGAAAAACAUCUCACUCCAGCAGUCUCAAGCUAGAGAAUGAUACAAAGGAUAAGGUGAUAAAAACAUAUUCCCUAUCACUUUUUUUAAGCCAUUGAUAUUAAUUAACAAGUAAUUUUUUGAAUCAAAGCUUUUCUUUAAUUUGAUCAUGCAAUAUUUUAAGAUGUUUAAAAUAAGUUGAAUGGUAUGUGAAUUCAAAACAAAUCUUUUUUUUCACAAAUAGGGAUAGUGGUAUGUUUCUUUCUGUAAGUUGUAUUCUCCCCCAGAAUGUUGCCUUAAUUUCUCUAAGUUUUGGUUCAUGUUUGCAUUCUCUGUUUGGGAAAAAAAAAUUAUAUAUCAAAGGAAGAUCAGUGGAUGUUGUUAGAAGGAAAUCAGGCUAUUGACAUACACAUUUAGCUGGUUGUUACUUUAAGUGUCUUUUUUUUAGUCCUUAUAAUCUUGUUUCUAUUGAAAAUAUUGUUGAAAAAAGUCAACUAAUAAAUAUAUAUUUUGAGGUGUUGCUCAGGGAAAUAUUGUGGCAUUCAGGUUGGUGGGGGAGGGGUGGGGUUGGUAAAUAUUUGCAAGGGAAGGUGGCUUUUUGUUUUGGGCAAUUGAUAAAUGAAAAGGACUUUUAAUUUUACUUUAACUAUUUUGAGAAGGGUGUUGAUUUAAUCAGUAAUUAUCAGCUACAGUGUAUGCAGAGAUAAAAAUUUGUGCUUUUACUGUCAGUGCAAUUUAUUAGAUAGAGCAUUCUGCUAAAGUUGAUUUCUUCUCUUACUCUCCUGAUUCUAGCUCUCCACUGGUGGUAGUUUUCUUUUAGCAAUUGAUGGAGAAACUUUUGAGGUCUAACUAUGGAUUUGACUUCUUUUAGAAAUCUUUGAUAAGCUUUCAUCCGCUCUAUAUCCAUGUAAAGAUUACAUCUUUACAGUGUUGUCACCUGACCAAAGUCCACUUUUGCAAACUUAGACUCUCAGGAGUGGGUCUCUCUUUAGUUGUCAUUUCAUUUUUCUGCAUCAUGGUUUCACUUCCCUUGUUUUGGUUGGCAAGCUAGCUUCACAAGUGCUCUUUUAUCUACUUCAUGUCCUUCCUUUGAAUCAAUUCUUCUGUGUGAGCACAUUUUACCAUUGUAGCUCACUCCAGUUUCCUUUAACCCUUUAUUUAUCAUUGACUAACAUGUUUUUAAGACUGUAACUCACACCAAUUAUUUGUUUGACCAGAACUUUAUUAAUAAUAGUAAUCACAUCUAAUUACUAAAUAUAUACUGCAGUCCAAUCCCAAUAACUCUAACCUUCAAGGGAAACUAAUAAGGGUUGAGUUAUUAGAAGUUGAAAACAAAUGACCAGAAACAAGGGAAAAAUGGUGUUUACUUUUUUUUCUACGCAUACAGUAUACAUUUUAAUCAAAUUUAAUAAGGGAAAUCAACUUAAAAUGAAAUUCUUAACCCUUGAACUCCCAAGAUCUGAUUGUUAAUUAUCUCCUCUAGCUGCUACACAUUUCCUUGUAAAUUGGUUUUGAGAAUUUGGUGUUCAAUCAAGAUAAUAUCUGGUACCUGAUAAGUUUGAGUAAUCUCACUACCUGUUUGCUGGAUAAUGUAUGGAUACCAUAUGGAGAAGUUACAUCUUAAUCACUUCUGGGAGUUAAAGUACAAGUGCUGAAGAAAUCACACUGUGAUGUAAAUGUUUCAGACUGCAAUACUGGUUUUUUUAUUUGUCUUGUAUUGACAGAGGUGGUUUGAAGUGUUUUGAGUUAUUGAGGGUAAAAAUAUAGAGAGAAUAUGACAUGAAGGGAAACAAAAGUUUCUUUGAUUUUAUUAGUGGGAGGGUUGAGUCACAGAGCUGAGGGUAACAUUGCAAUAAUGUAUGACUAAAAUCUAGGGAAACUGAUUUUGGUUCAAGUUAGUGUGAGGUUUGAGUUGUCAAGGGUUCAAGUUAUUGGAAUGCAACUGUUUAAACUCUGUUUGCUUUGUUUGACCCUUUGAUGCUCAGGAAUUAUCAAAAAGGACUAUCCCAUACAUGUAUCUUUACAUGUAGCUACAAGAAAAGCAUGGCAGACAAUGCAGAGAAUUGAUAUUUUGAUCUUGAGAGUUGACAGGUCAUCUGCUCUAACCUAUAUUUCACAACAUAAUAAUUGCCAGUGAGUAGCAUGAGGCAUCGUAUUCCAUAAACUAAGCCCUUGAAAUUCAUCUCUGUGCCUGUCUAAUGUUAAUGUUAUUGUGUAAUGCUGUAUUUUGUAUUUAAACUUUCUGUGCUGUACAAAACUCUGGCAUUUGAGUGGCUGAUGAAAGUGGGUUCUUAGCCCUGUUAUAUAUGAUUUUUGUAUAAAUUUAUCCUUUAAUUGAUGCAAUGGUCUUGAAUUGUCAGGCUGAAAAAGAUGGCACAGUUUUAGAUGCAGAGUUUGUUGAUGUGUACAAAGGAGCUCAUGGUGUUCUGAUGGUGAUGGACAUCACCAAACCAUGGUUAGUCUUCCUAGGCUGGGUUGGUUUGUUUUGUUUGUUUUAUUUUCCACAUUUAUUGAUUGAUGUUUGAUGUUUUUUGAUAAGAAAAAAAUUAGGUUAUGGACCACACCUUUUGAUCCAAAUUGGUUUUCAUACUUUUCCAGUAAAAUUGACCCUUAGUUUCAUGAGAUUACAUUAUUUUUUCACCAUUUUAAAUAAAUUUUCUGAUAACCAUAUAAAUUAUAUUUCUUCACAGGCAAUUGUUGCAUAACACAAUUCCAGUCAUGUUUAAUGCAGUUAACGUGUCUCUUAGUGUCAUUUAACCCUUUCCACCCUAACAUCAGUAUGCAUAUUCUCCUUACUGUUCUCUGCACAUUUCCUGUGGUGCUGACAAUGAGAAUUUGUUUAACAAUCAAGAACUUGUUUAGUUGGUGAUCAUUUCCUUUUUUCUUAAGACCUUAAAUUGUGAUUCAGGGUUGAUAUUGUAAGGAGAAAUUAGAUGCUGGUCAGUUGUAGGGGUCAAAGGCUGAAAGCUUUUACCAGGUUCUGGUAAACAAAGGCUAAGUUGACAGUUAAUAAUGCCACUGAUCCAUGUUUUUAUGUAACUUUAGGACUUUUAAAUAUUUGGAGAGAGAACUUCCAAAAGUACCAGCUCAUAUCCCUGUCCUUGUUCUGGUAAGCCUCAGAUCACGACUGUGUUUGUGAGAUUUCUUUAUGUGGAAUUAUUUUGAUUUGCCAUUUUUUUUGGGUAAUCAUCAAAGUCUUAAUAUAAAUUAAGUGAUGUGUGGAAAAUUUGUAUGAAACACUGCAAAUGUGAUGAUGUGACAGUAGUUGUGACAAAGGUAUGUCAACUUUGAUCUUUGCAACUGUUGUGCUUACCACUAAAUUGAUGGUCACAGAAAUUCAAGACAUUUUUUAAUUGAAGAAAGUUUACGAACUUUUGGUGGUGAAAAUUUAUAUUUUAGUCAUCAAGACAAGCAAGUAACACAAACAAUCAAGUGGUGAUUGCCAUUGAAAAAAAGAUUGCUGUAAAUAAGCUUAGAGAAAUUCUCAGUGUGAAUUUUUGUAGAAAACACAACAACAAUUCUUGUUGUAAAAUAAUUGUAAUUUUUAAAUUAAAUGCAUUUGUCAGGCUAACCACCGUGACAUGGAAGAACAUCGAUUAAUCCCUUCGGAAGAGGUCAUUGCAUUCAUUGAACAUAUGGAGAGGUAAGUGAGAUCUACUCAGUAAUGCAUAUGUUCCAGUAUUGUAUGUUUAAACUAACAUGUAGCUAAAGAAGUUUUCCUCUGGACUUAUUAAAAAUUAGUCCUUCUCUCUAGCCAGACCUCGUAAACUCUUCUCUACUUCAUUAAUUAAGCUGUAGAUACUGUUACAGUGCAGCUGUCCGGCGAUUCUCCGUAUGGAAACAAAGAUGACUGAAUUAUUAAAAUGUAAUUGUGGAAUUAAUUUCUCUUCUGAUCGGCACCUUACCACGUGCUAUGUUCAACAUUCUGGUAAAAAAAAACAUACUUAUGUCAACAUACAUGUGUAUAAAAGAAAGAUUUGGUUAAAGGCUUGUCUGAAGUUAAGAGUUGAGUGUGGUUGAGACUUGAUUCUCGCAAGAAUCAGUAUCGGACGCAUUUGAUUUGCAGCCUUGUUGCAUCUAUAUGUUAUUUUACUCUUUUAUGACGAGAGUCGAAUUUUGAAUCAGACCUGACAGGUGCCCUCCUGUGCAUUAUGCUGAGACCUCCAUGAAGAACGGCUUUGGACUGAAAUACAUUCACAAGUUUCUUAAUCUACCUUUCUUAUUGUUACAGGUAUGUAUCCUGUGGAAAAUUUUACCUGGCCUGAUCCAGGCGUUCGGUUAGUAAGCGUAAACGGCGCGAUGGUAGCGGCAGAUCGAGGACGAGAGAGGUUUGGGACGACCUGACCCAUACCUCUCAUUUUCUCACUCCUCCGCUAUUACAGCGCUGUUUACUUUCGCGCUUCGUUUUACUAACUGAAAGUCUGGGACAGGCUAAGUUCUACCUUGAAAUGUAACCUUUUGUCUGAUACGACCACAUGAAUGCCCUAAUGCACAAUAAUAUCUUCUAUGUGUUUGAACAGAGAGAAACUCUUAUGAAACAGUUGCAAGUCAAUGCAGAAGACACCGAGGUACCUCAAUGUUAACGUUUUGUUUUAAUAUGCUAGUUUUCCUUUUUUUUGUUUUUAUUUUAUUUUUCGUUGUCAGUAGUAGCUCAUUCAGUUUCAUGUAUGUUGAGAAAGAACUAAGAUUUGUGCGAAUUAAGAUAAGUUGUUCGAUCUUCCUAUGGUGUAGUAAUGUAUUACGAUAAGAGACAUUGAAAAGACUUUACACAAUUCUGAUUUUGUUCCGUAGUGAGCAACUUUCAAUCGCUCUGUAAUUGGUCCAGAAUACUCCCGCCAUCCUCUCACCCAAUCAGACACAAAACGAAAACCAAUCACGACUUGUCGCUCGGAUUUUCCCGCGCUUUAGGCAGUUAUAACAAUUGCAUGAAACGCUCAAUAAUGGUACUUUUGUUGCAGUCAACUCUUGAAGAACUGCAGAUUCACAAGGAAUCCGAGGAGCAGAACUACGAAAAGUGAGUUGCUUAUAAGGAAUUUGCUUCUUGUUAGCUUGUAAUUGAAGACAUCUCAACGCUGUUCCAUACCAAAGAAUUACAUGUCUUGCAAAAAGAGUUUUUACUCACAAUUUUAUGAUGUGACAGCUGAUUCCCUUGCUGACGACUCAACAAUACGUGCUCUUUAGCUCCCUCGCCCAACACACUCUGUAUCUCGAACACAACACGCUCUCUCUCGAUCACUCACGCAACACACCCUAUCUCGAACACAACACGCAUUCUCUAGCACCACUCACGUAACGCUCUCUAUCUCAAACACAACACGCUCCUUAUCGGUCGCUCACGCAACACACUCUAUCUCAAACACAAAUUUGAUUUUAUUCAAAGGUUUGUGAGUUUGAUGGACCGAAGGAGAAAAGAACACGAAGCCAAGAAGGCUGCCGCCGCGGCUGCUGCUGCAGAAGCAGAUGGUGAAAAGACCGUGUCACCAGGUUCUCCUUCAGAAGAUAACAGAACAGGUUUCACGUUGAAAUAUUAGAACAAUUUUCAAUUUAUUUUAGGGAAUAAUUCAGAAGUGCUUUAGCUGUGCCCAAAACCCAAAACUCGCGUUGUGAUUGGUCAAAAAAACUCUUUCCACCCUUCCAACCAAUCAGAUCAUUGGUCACCCGCGCUUUUGGAAGCUUACUUAAGUUCUUAUUUAUCCUCUUUUACUCAUUAUCUUCCUAAAUUACGAUGUAUUACUGUGAUUGGUUUGGUUUGGUUUUGGGUUUGCGACCCUCAAUCGAAGUGUUCUUGAUAAGUAAUUUAUUUUUUUCCUCCUUUGUAAUGUUCUUGCAGGGAAAACUCCGAGUGGCGGUACCUCCUCUAACGGAAGUUCUCUUAACGAGAAGGCGUCGCAGAAAAUGCCGUCAGCAACGAGUCAGGAACCUGAUAAUGAAGGUAAGCGAUUAUAUUUACGUCGUCAGUCAACUCCAAGUAGUCUUUCCCUUCUAUUAUUCCAUUCCUAGCCUAAAUUUUUCGAUAUAACUUCAGCAGCUCUGCCUCAGAAUGGCUUGACACAUUCCUCCACCAACAUCGACGAGUUUAUACCCGAGGAUGAAUUAGACGCAGGGUUUUUAGAUGAAGACGGAGGGUCAAGAGGUAAAAAGCGCACAAAUAAAUCUGCAGCUAAGAAACCGCCGCCGAAACCUGUGGAAGUGGAACAGAACGAGAGUUACGAUAGUGAAAGGUGAGGUUGGAUUUCAGGUUUCAAUGAAUCAAGAGGAAAUGAUAGUUCGCUCCUCCGUCGCGGUAAAAACUUAUUAGGGACCUUAAGCAAACCGCGACGGCGACGGCGACUGCGACGGCAGCGAGGACAUGGAAAAACAAAAGAUCUAAUUGGCAGAACAAGAGCUCAGCACGUGCGAUUUAAAAUUUUGUACAUUUCUUAGCCAUCCUAUGCAAAACAACAACGUGAAAUCACCACAAUCUGCGUCGUUUGCGAACCGAAACCGCGACGGCAAAUUAUGUUAAUUUCUAUUUGGAACUCUACGGUUCUUUUAUACGUUAUGCUGAAGGUGAGGUGUGACGCCGUAUGAGAAGGUAAACACAUGCAGCCAUUUUUUAAAUUCUAAUUAAAGGCAGAAAUUCAUUUUUUAAUCUAAGUAUUCCUUGGCGUUGCCGUCCUGACUGCUUAAGCUCCUAUUAAUAACUCUUGUUGAGGCAAAUGUACUGGAGCUGAAUUUUCCGAAAGCAUGUGUAACUUUAAUUUUAAGUGUAUUUGCCAAGUCUUUCAUUACUGAUUCAAAUUGUAUCUUCGAUGUACUCGUAACUUUCUUCUUGAGGAGUCUCCUGGAUAAAAUAUACAAUAAAACGCAACAGAACAGAAUGGCAUGUCAUGUUAGUUUCACUGCUAAAGAAGUCUAGUUUAAGAAUCAAAUUACAAGUUUAACUAAUGCUGCUAUUACCACUUGUUUUUUUUUUCUUUUUUUUCCUUUAUUUCAUUUUUUGUUUUUAUUUUUUCCUUUUUCUCUUUCUUCUUCAUUUCUUCUGAAGAUUUUUUCUUCUCAUGGUCUGAAAUAAAAAAAAGUCGUUCAGAAAAAGCAUGUCAUAUUUGUCAGACUGCCAAGGAAAAUUGUUGAAGAAAAAGUUCUCAAGAGUAUACAAUGAAAUAGUGUUGGUAUUCCACAAAUUUUUAUCUUUCAUCCUUUUUCCUUUCUAAUUAAGAUUUCGUUUGUUCAUUUCUCUUUAGUGACAGUGAAGGACGUAACCCAAUGGUGGCAGGAUUUGCUGAGGACAUAGAUUCCGACGAUGAAGAUAUCACACCUGUUGUCAACAAUCACGUUGAUGAAGAACUCGAUGAUGAUCCUUUUACAACACCAAAGAAAUCCAACACAGCCUUGACUGUUGAGUUAACUUCAAGCGAGGAAGACAAAGAAGACGAAGAGGACAAAGUUGGGGUGGAAAAUAGAAAUGAUGGAAUGAAGAAAGGGAAGGAGGAACUGAAGACUGAAGAAACGCAAAAAAGGGAAAGUGGAUCCAUGAAGUUAGGCUUUGAAAUACCAGCCAAGUCUCUGAUGACAGAAGAACCUGUUGUAGAUGGUCUUGGUCUUGCAACAGACGACGUCGAUGAUUGGCUGAACUCGCCUGAUACAGAUCCCAAGGUAUUGUUGAUUACAAAUUGUAGGCUUAUGUUAUAACCUUGUGACUCCGGAAACCUUAGAGCUAAGAUUCCCGACCGACAGAAAAAAAAAAUGACUCGUUGUUUAGUCCUUAUAGUUAAGAGGGAAAUAAGAGAGUUGCUUCUUACUUCAGCCUUGUUGUUUUAUUUAUUUAAUUUCUUCUUGUCGUCCUCUCAUUUAUACUUCCACAAACUUGAAGACACGGUCACUGCAUUGUUCUUGGCAAUAUUACACUGGCCCAUACGUGUGAUCGCCUCUCCGCUUCUGUCUUAAAAAUUCAAGUUACGCCCCCCUGCGGCUGCUUCUUAUUUCUCUCUAAUACAAUGACUCGCGCUCGCUUGCUCACUAUUUGUACUCAAAACUUAAGUCUCGAAUUUCUUGUGACGUAGCGACAACUGAGGGGGAUUUUACUCACCCUAUCGUGAGAAUUUAUAGGCUCAAAAAGGUUCUUUAUUUUCUUGCAGCCUCGAUAUUUGUAUGAUUGAAAAUCUUAUGUUUUUUUUCUUGUCAUGUAUUUUUCUUUCUGCACCAAAGACUCCGUUCCGUGUUGACAAAGACUACAAUACAAGGUCAGUGAAUUAAAUUCCCAGCGUUUUAUAGCCUGCAGUCUGAUUUUGGCUAGCGAGUGUUUAGUAUUUUCUUGGUAAAAAUCAUAGCUACCAUAGCUACCAUCUUUGACUUUUAUAGUCGCGGAAGGCUGAGGAGAGAAAGGAAUUUGAACUAAGGCAGAGGAGGGCAACCGUCCACUCUUAUUCUAAAUCAAAUAUGGCCGGCUGGAUAGAAAAUCGCGAGAUUUUAACGCAAAUACGUCCUUAUAAGACGCCUGCAUUGCUCGCUAUACGUUUGAUUACUGAUAAAUGUGGUUAACUAGAGAAUUUGUGUUACGAUUUGAAUCUUAUUUUCUAAUUGUGGAUACAACAAGAAGAACCGAAAAUGAUUUGUGUUCAAUUAUGUUUUGUUAGAAAAAGCGACAUUCCUGUCAUACCGGCAGAUGAUUGGGAACAGUUCAUGGCUUCACAAAUGAAGCAACAAACCAGAGUAGCAAACACUGGUAAGCAGCUACGUUUUUUUUUUAUUUUCCUGCCCUGUACUGCAUUCCACUGUAGCUUGAGUUAACCUCGUAAAAAAAGGAUUUUCCCCAGGUAGCAAGACAGGGAACUUCUGCACUCAUGCCAAGUGGCCCAUCCAGCUAAAGCUUAUCCCAGUUUCCUUAGCAUGAGGCAACAAGGAGUAUCUCUUGGAUAGGAUGCCAGUUCAUCGCAAAGUUACGCCCCGGCAUUUCAUCAGGCUUUCCUGACAAUUCGCCAGAACCCAUUUAUUCUCUUGGGUGAAGAAGCGCUGUGAGAACAGUCAGGUCGCCUCUUCCUCAGACUACUAAUAAACUUUUGAGUUGUUCUGUUUUUUUCUUUCGUUGUAGCAUCUAACUCUUUAAUAGACAUGGACCUCGAUGGAGAAGACAAUGGAGAUACAAGUAAGUGAAGAAACCUUAGAACAACUGUUGUGUAAUGAUCGGCACUGAUUUUCUCCCUGCAUUCUUUGCAUCGAAUUGUAUGUGGUCUUAAUGAGAAGUAAGAAACUGGUCUGAAGCGGAAGUCGUUGUGUUCAUGUAAUUUAAAGCAAAACUGUUGAGAGAAGUUGAGGAAUAUCGACGACGUUUAAUAUUUAGGAUUCUGCUGUAAGCUAAUUGUCAUUUCUCUCCUUCCUAUCCGCGUUUAGAUGAAGAAAGUAGAAGCCGUAAAAAGAAAGAGCACAAGGUAUGUACUUUUGUUCAAGGAUCUGCUCAUAUACUCUACUUCUGGCAUUUUUGCUUCUUAACCCUAUAACCCUUUAACUCCCAUGAGUGACGAAGACAGAAUUUCUCCUUACAAUAUCAAUACGAUAUUAACCAGAUAAGUGACGAGAAUAAGGAAACAUAUCAAUUUAAACGCGUGAGGCGCUACGCGUGUCUUUUUUGUUGCUCGAUCGCUUUGGGUUAAUCUCUCUUUUUGUAACAGACACCUCUCUGACCUAACGCGGGGUUCGCCGCUCGUGCUUCAGCGCCUGUAGGGUCCAGCUCACUGGCUACUAAGGACUCUCUUUCUCUGUUUAUGACUUCCCGUAUUCGGUAGCUCUGAACUGACUCCUUGGAAAUAUAUAUGAUGGUGACUGAAAUGACUUAUAUAUAUAUGUAAAUAAAAGAACUGCAAAAUGAAUUUAACAUUUGGUGCACGGCUUUCGGCUCGAUCUGCUCGCACGUUAUGAAAUGAAAACAUAGUGGUAAGUGUCUUCAGUAUAUCUGAGCUACGAGCAGUCCCUUUCCUAACUAUUAUAUAAAACAAAGAGGUUCCGUGUUGCCGUGGGUCUGUACAGUGAUAGAUCACGGAGGAUGUCAAAAUGUGUGAAGAACAUCAGUGACACACUCGGCUGCGCCUCGUGUACCGCUCUGAUCUAUUGCUAAACAGAAGCACGGCAACUCGAAAUCUAUUUAUUAAGUAGAGUCUCAGCUUUGUAUUUGUUUUCUUUCUUCAGAGUGGCGAGAAAUCUAAAAGUAAACAUAAACGAAAGCAUAAAGAUAAAGGGGAAGACGGAGAAGAUAGUGAAAAGAAGGAGAAAGAUAAAGAGAGGCGAAAAUCGCGACAUCGAGAAACCGACGAAGGAAAGGACAGGAGGAGAAGUCGAGACGACGAAGGCGAAAAGAAAAAGAAACAUCGUAGCAAGCACGGUAAAGGGAAAAGCGAGGAUGGUGUGCAAGGUGGCGUGACAUAUGAGGAACUAUGAUACAAAAGGGUUCCCUUCGUUUUGGUGUUUACCUUGCCUCCUUUGCCAUCAAGUCUCACGGUGAUGAUCUAAUUAAACCAAGAGUGUAUCUGACCGCGAUGAAAAACAAAAAUGGGCUUGAACAAAGCUGGAUAUGCAGUUGGUGUACUGCUGAAUAUGUUGCUGAAAUGAUUCAGCUAUGUCCACUGUCUGUUGAUGUAUUUUAUACCAAAUUGAAAUUGCUGAAACUUAGUGCAAUCACAAUAUGGUUGAGCAAGAUCCCUAAUUACGGAAAGCUGAAUAUAAACUUGCAUCGAGGUGGUGAGACAGCGCUUUGCAAUGAAUAAUCUCGUAUUCCUAAUUUUUUACGUAUGAACGCAAAUGACAUUUUGUAAGUUUGUUUUCUAAAGAUGAAUAAUUAUUUGUGUUAGGCUGCAACAAAUUAUGUAAUAGGGAGACUGAACCGACCAAAUGCUUAUUCUAAUCCCUUAAUAAGCAUUCUGUGAAGUUUGUUUCAAGUAGGAUGUUUUUGUGUUAGUUCUCGUUUUAGUGAAUGGCUAAAUUUUUUCUUAUUCGCGUAUUGCGACGUUUAUACCCAACGCCUCGCGUGUUGCAGUAGAGAACCUACAUCAUCAAAUUUAUCCCUAAAGUAUCACCCCUGAAUCAAACAAUAAGGUUAUGAGGAUAAAGAAAACUUUCAUCUGUGAUCGUGAACUCAAGAGCUCUUGAUUGUUCGACAAAUUCUCCUUCCAAGUACCAUGAGAAACGCAUGGAGAACAGUGAGGAGAACUUGUGUACUGAUAUUAGGGUGCCAAGGAUUAAUUUAAGCACCAGCUUGAACAUCGUCUAAUAGUAGGUAUUGAUAAGAUUCCAUAACUAAGACACAGAAAGAAGGACGUGAUCACGGUGCAUUUUGUUUUCCCAAUGUGUUAAGAGGACUCUUGUGAGAUUUUAGUAUAUGACUUUUUACUCGUGAAACCAUAUUAAGCAAUUCAACUUUGUCUGCUCUUUAUCCAUCCUGGCGCAGUCAGCGUGGAUAGGGAUUGCAGACAAAUCUGAUUUUCCCAAAAUCUAGACCUGAAUCUGUUGGAAAAACUGAUAGAUGAAGUCUAGUAAUGAAAUAAACUAAUUAGACGAAAAUACAAGGUUUGAUUCUUGAACAUUUUCUUGUCCUUAUAAUUGAAAGAGCAGUAAUUUCAUUUAUUUUUCUGUUUCAAGAUCGAAUGGAUGCGUAUUCAGUGUCAAUUGGAAAAACAUACAAUUUGGUGACGAAUUGUGCAAUUAUGAAAUAAAUCUGACGUGUCUCUUCCAGAACUGAGUGUAGCUUUCUUUACUCUUCGCGAAAAAGUUGUCCACUUCCCACCACCUGCGUUAUUUUUGUGACGUGAUUUAAUUUCUUGUACAACACCAUUGAUUCAGUUGAAACCUUUAAUACAAGAAAUAGUUGCGGGCGACCGG